CAAAAUGAAUGAUUAUUCGAAAUCCUUUGCCGGCGGCGACAUACGAAAUUAACCAUGCCGACAUCUCCUUCUUCAUCGUUAUCAGUACACCAGGAUGUAAUCACUGUUCCAGCACCUACGUGUAUGAAACUCAUCGCUCUCUCUUUCUUCUCUCUCACUCUCCUCUUCCUUGGAAAACACAUAUCUGACCACUCUUUCACAAAACAAUAUUCCCCGGCGCCGGCGACAAUAGUUAAUUCCACAGUCAACCCUGUCAUUCCAUCGCCGGCAGAGAUUAUCGAUACAGUACUUCAUGAUGUAACUAAUCCACCGCCGCCGCCGCCGCCGCCAGAUGGGUUUGUGGAAAGAACGGGAAUUGUGGAUGAAAAUGGGAUAAUGACGGCAAAUUUUCGAGUUGGGGAAUUCGAUCAGAGUUUAAUCGAUCAGAAUCAAGAAUGGGCUGACCGGGAAACACAUGAGAAGAAUACUAGUAGGCCUAUUCAUGUGGACAAAUACAGGAUAUGCGAAGAAGAUGACAUUAAUAUGGUGCCAUGCUUCGAUUAUUCUUCAAUGGAGGAGAUCAGGAAAAGGAAUAAUAACUAUGAUAGACAUUGCCCCCAAGAAGAAUUACAAGGAGAUGAUAUUAAUGAUUAUAGUUUAAUUAGUAAUUGCAUUGUCCCCAGGCCAAAUGGAUACAAGUUCAGAAUUCCUUGGCCAAACAGCAGAAAUCAGAUAUGGGCUAAAAAUAUACCCAUGGGAUCAGAAGAAGAAGAAGAAUUCAUUAAUGGGGAAAGGAAAUGGAUAUCAAAGGAGGAAGACAAGUUCAUAUUCCCAAAGCAAGAUGAAAUGCAGAACUACUUGGAUCAUAUAUCUAAGAUGGCUCCUGAAAUCGCAUUUGGGAUCAAGACCCAUCUGGUGUUGGAUUUGGGUGAUGGAAUAGGGAGUUUAGGAGCAUUCCUCGAUUAUCUUUAUAAUGUCACUACUAUCACCAUUAAUGCAGCACCAACCAUGGUGAUGGUGGAUAAGUUGAAGAAGAUGAAGAACCAGCAGUUGCUUAUCCAAUUAGUUUUGGAACGUGGAUUGCCUGCAAUGGUGGCUCCAUUUUCUUCUCAUCGUUUCCCAUUUUCAAGCCAGGCUUUUGAUUUAAUACAUUCUUGCCUACUAGAUGAUUGGACAGUUAAUGAUGGAAUUAGGUUGCUUGAAGUAGAUAGACUUCUAAGAGCAGGAGGUUACUUUGUUUGGUCUCCACCACUCACAUUCAUUAACCACAACAGCAGUCAAUCCCAUAAUUUACAACAAUGGAAAGAAAUGGAAGAUCUAACAGAGCGUAUAUGCUGGAAAAUCGUGAAGAAGGAAGACAAUAUUGUUAUUUGGCAAAAACCUCUAAACAACAGUUGCUAUCUUAAUCGUGAUUCAAAUGCCAAACCUCAAUUAUGCAAUGCUAACGAUGAUCCAGAUAAUGUUUGGAACGUUGAACAAAAGGCAUGCAUUAGUCGUUUACCCAACGACAACAAUUAUGUAACCGCCAACAUCAGUACAUGGCCAGAAAGACUACACGACCUACCAAAGAGGCUUUCGACAGUUGAAAUGGAUGCAUUCGUUUCUAGACAAGAUUUAUUACUAGCCGACAAGAAACAUUGGGAAAACAUUGUUUACGGUUAUGUUAAUGUGUUUGGGGUUAAAAAUUUGAUUGCUCGAAAUGUUAUGGACAUGAGAAGUGUAUAUGGAGGGUUUGCAGCUGCACUACAUGAUUCUGGAAUUGAUUGUUGGGUUAUGAACGUCGUUCCUGUUAGUGGGUUAAACACUUUACCUCUAAUUUAUGACCGAGGCCUCAUAGGAGUUCGGCAUGAUUGGUGUGAACCAUUUGACACUUAUCCACGAACUUAUGACAUCCUAAAUGCAGCAAGCCUCUUCUCAGUAGAGCAAAAGAGAUGUGACAUAUCUAAGAUAUUGCUAGAGAUGGAUCGAAUUCUAAGACCGGGAGGCAGGGUAUUCAUUAUGGAUACUGUGACAGUUAUCGCAGAGAUUAAAGAAAUAGCAAACUCAAUGGGAUGGGUUAUGAUGCAGUUCAACACAAUUGAGGGCCCCCAUUCAAGCUUCAAACUUCUGUUGGGUGAAAAGCGGUUAUAAAACUAGUAUAGGACAUUCGUAUCUCUUGUUCAUUUCUGAAGUUUCAUCCGCCUAUAAUACUAUGAGCCUAUCCAUUUUUCUAAAUCACCCAAAAAUAAAAGAGCCAUAAAGAAUGCAAUGAAUAACUGGCUUCACUAUUG